CGAAUGUCUGACGUUUGUGUAUGUGCACGUCUUUAAAAGGCUUCAAUUCAUUUGCAAGUUUAAAGGAUUUAAAGUGAAUAAUUAUUAUAAUAAGUGACUUGAUAACUAUAGUGUUUUAUAGGUGUUAAGUUUGCAUACAAUCAAUGAAUGACUAGAAUCUUUUGCGUUUAAUAUCCAAGCAUAUAAUGAGUCGUGUUGUACAUUUACGACAAUAGGCUAAAAAAACAGCAGUGUUAGGCCAGCUUCACCCCAACGACAUGGCUCUCGUAGAGAAUUCUAGUAAUGUGGGAUUUCAACUAAAUUCUAGUGAUGAAGAAAGUGCUCCUGUUAAAAAGAUCAGACGGCGAGUUCAUCAGUUCUCAGACAGUGACACAGAGAAAGAAAAUGUACGAAAGGACGAUAAUAAGGCCACCCAGGAUGAAAAGUCAGAAGAUAACAGUGAUAGUGAGUCUGAAAACAACGUUACACCUCUCAAAAGCGGCCUUAUUAAGUCAAGGAUACAGUUGAAUGGUAAUAGUUCUGAUUCUGAUAGUAGGAUCGAAACUACUAAAAAUGAAGAGCAACAAAUGAGAAUGAAGAACAAAAGAAACAAAAUGAAAGAUAAGUUUAAGGGCUUGCUGAAAUCUAGAGGGAUGAAAUCAUCAAAAGAUGAAAGUAAUGAACACAGUAAAUCAUCUUCAGAAAGCAGUCACAGUGAAGCUUCUGAUCCUUCUGAUAAUGAAAUGUCUUCUGUUGCCAAAAUAAAGCAGAAAAUAAGAAAAAGUAUGGCAACAGUGUCCAAUAUUUGUGAUCCCGAUACUUCAGAUGAAGAAAGCGAGAUGAAUAAAAGUGAAAUGCCAAAACAGAAGCCUCGAAAACAACAGAAAUCCACUAAACUGAUUGAGGCUAAGCCAGUGAGAAUGUCAGCUAAGCAAGCAAUGGAAAACAUGCAGUUGAUAAAAAGUGAGUCAAACCGUAUGUUGAGGGAGAAAGCAGUGUCUCUGCCGUAUCACAGGCCUAAGGCUCUGUCCCUCAAAGACAUCAUGUCUAGGAGGAAGCCUGCUGUUGCUUCUGACGGCAAAGCCUUACCCAUCAAAAUGAAUGAAGAACAAUUAAAACAUUACGCGCUGUUACUAGAACAAAGACAAAAAGAGAUGAUGGAACUAUGUAAAAGUGAAUCAGAUGAAGAAACUGCUGAAGCUGAAGAGAAAAAAGAUGAAAUACCCAAAAGCACAGAAGAAGUAUCUAGCAACACAAAUACUGAACAUGAAAACGUUCCUGAAAAGGCUGAAAGUCCCAUUGAGUGUGCAGAAAAUGAUUCUACUGAUGUAAAUAUGGAUGCUGCAAACAAUGAUGAUAGAUAUAAUGAAUUAAUACAAAAAGAGGUUGACAACUCUUCAACUGAGGCAGAUAAUAGAAAUAAUAAAGUAGUAGAUAGUGAAAAACAGGUUGAAACGGCUGAAACAAAUGAAGAACUUGAAGAUACUGAGAAAAAUGAUUCAAAUACAGAUUUCAAAUUAGUAUAUAACGAUUCUGUAGAAGAAGAAAACAUACCAGCAGAUCAAUCCGAAAGUGUUUGUGUAGAAAAUAACCUUCAGAACGAUUUAACUGAAAAUAAUGAGGGUGAACCAAACAACUCAGAACAACCAAAAGCUACUAUAAAUACUGAGCCAGAGAGUCAACUAAUAGCAUUAUAUUUCACUGAAAAUAAUACAGAAGACGACCCAAACAAAUCUGAUAAAGUAGAAGAAGUUACAAAUGAAAUUGAAAUGGCUUCUGAAGACAAAAUCGACGACUUCUUUUCUGAUGACGAUGUUAAUAUGGAAGACAUUGAUAGACUUAUUGAGAAUGCUGAAAUAAUGAAAGAUGUUGACAAUGUGAAUUCUCCAAUGCUCGUAAGAGAUCCUUUACCUCCAAAUGCUAAACCUAAGCUAACUGGUGCUCCAGGCAUGGUCAUUGAUUUAGAUGGAGGUGGCUUCAUGCCCAAAAAGAGUGGAGUUGAACUGUUAAAAGAAAGGUUCACAUACUUUGCUAGGUUGAAAACACCUGAAGAAAUUGAAAGGGAAAAGGAAAAGAAGCUGAAACCAGGUGCUCAACAUUUAAAAUUAAAACAAGAACUUGAGGAAAAAAUAGCUGAGCAGCGAUCUCUGGAGUGGGCGAAACGCCUAGAAGAAGAAAAGCAGCAACAUAUGGAAAUGGACACCAUUUUAGAUGAUGCUGAUGACAGCUUCGAGAAAAUUGAAGCAAAGUUAGAUGAAAAUGAUAAGGAAGAUAAAGAAGACAGUAGUUCUGAUAGCGGAGAAGAGGAACCGGAAGAAAAUGAUAUAGAGAUAAAAGAUAAACCAAGAAAACAUAAUGCAAUGCUUGAUGAAGAGGCAGAGGAAUCCGAUUGUGAGGAAAAUGAGGAAGAAGCUGAGUUAUCAGAUAAAGGGGACAAUGAAGAACUUGAGGGUGAUGAAGCUAUUGCUGACCAAGAUGAUGAUGAUGAUGAAGAAGAAUCUAGUGAUGAUGAGUCCUCAGAAUCUGAAGUAGAGGAACCAACUAAAGUUAAAAAAGGCAGAAUAUUGAAAGCGUUUGAGGAUUCUGAUGAUGAAGAGGAUACUACCAAACCAGUUGAUACUGAAACCGUAGUGAAGGCCAGUAAUGAAACAAAUGCAGUUGAUGCGGCUGUUGUUUCAAAUGAUGUUCACAGUUCUUCACAAGAUGACGUCAUACAAUUAGCGCAAAGACACCAAUCCGUAUCAGAUGAUCUGUUCACAAGUCAGGAGAGCUCCACAGUUAUUGAAAAGGCUAAAGAUGGUAUUAGUACUAGCGAUGAAGUUCUUGGCACACAGACAUUUUCCAUAUUAGACUCCACAACUGGAUGCAAUAAUAUAGACGUGGAAUUUAAAACUCCUAGUCAAAUAAAUGUCUUGUGCAUGUCACAACCUUAUAAAGAUCCUAGUGUAGACGCCAUUGUUGUUGGAUCACAGCUCCCAAUAACUCAGUCUUCUCAAUCACAGCCAAUAGGAGAAGAUAUAUUAGCUCUGUGUACUGGCAAGUUCUACGACAACGAGUUUGUAUCGCCUAGCGAAAUAAAUCAAUAUGUAGAGCCCACAUCUCAGGACUUAGCUACAGACGUUUAUUUCGAAGAUACACAGCCGAACAAACCUGAAACAAUUGACGAUUUCAGUAAAGUGGAUACUCCUUUACCUGAAAUACCUAUUGAAGAAGUUGAAGAAAUUAAAGAAAAGGACGAAAACAGUGUAAAACCAAAUAAUGAUGGAAAUCUUCUAAAGUCAAUUCUAGAUGAAUUGGAUGAUCCAGAGUUUGACAAGCCCAAACCUAAUAAAUUCUUUACUGGGGGCACACAAAAGAAGGAUAAUGAACCAGUUGUAGAAAGUACUCAAAUGAAAAAGAAAUUUACGAUAGAUUCUGAUGAUGAUGAUGAUGAGCCGAAGGAAACUAAUUUAAAAUUAGAAAGUAAUAAAAGGAAGAAAAAAUUGAAGAAGAAGAAACCAGAAAAGAGAGCUUUACAGAUCUCAGAUGAUGAGGAGGAAGAAGAGGAGAUGGAACAAGAAGAAGAUAACUAUGUGUCGGACUUGGAAGAGGAAACUGAAAGACUAGUGGAGUAUGAUUCUGAAGAAAAUGAAAUUGAAGUGAAGGCCGAUAAACCUAAGAAGAAACGCAAAGUGACAGAUUUCUUCGAACAAGAAGCGGAACUUACCAGCGAGGAUGAAUGGGUUGGCUCAGGAGAUGAAGACGAGAAGGGCCUGGAUAGGAUGGAGCGGGAGGCUGGAGACGACGAGGUCUUCCACCAGGGGAAACUGAGGAGGGAACUGGGACAGAUACACAUGCGUGAUGUUCUGGACCAAGAUAAGCGGGAAGUGAGAAUUAUACAAGAGCUACUGUUCGAAGACGGUGAUCUCGGAGAUGGACAUCGGCAGCGAAAAUUCCGAUGGAGAAACGCAGGUGAUGAUGAUGAGGUUGGAACAGUCCCCGAUGAAUUCGCCGACACACAAGAGGAAGAAUUUGAAUCAGAAGAGCAGUGGAGAAAACAAAGGCAUGAACGAGAAGUAUUUUUAAGGCAAAUGCAACAAGAAGAAGACGACGGCAACCUGAACGUUACUGUGAACAGAACAACUAUAAUAAAGGCGAACCUCUCAUCAAAAUCGAUGUCCACUUUACUGCAAGAAGUAAAUCAAGUCAAUAAGGAAGAAAUCACUGAAGCACCGGCACCGGUAGUCAAAGAAAAGAAUACUGCCAAAGAUAUUCCAAGCCCGAAAAAGGCAUUCUCUAUAUUUCAGCAAAACUACCAUGGUUCUUUGUUAACACGCGGAAGAGGUGCUCUCGCGCGACUGGCAGCGUUAGCAACACCUUUAGCUGCCGAUGACGACGCAGCCAAAAUAGGAACAGUGACCACACAUAAGCGAAACUUCGUCUUUACUGCCCUGACACAGGAUGACGAUGAUGCACCUAAGGUAACCCUUAAAAGAAAAGCCGACACCAAUCUGGGAACUCCAAAGCUAAUGAAAAAGAUGAAAAUGGAAGAAAAGCAAGACAAGCUGUUUCCGUAUGCUGAGGAAAAUGUGAAGGAUUUUUUGACGAACCACUGGGAGACCGAUGAUGUGAAGGAAGCUGUUGUGGCGUUGAGGAAACUGGCGCUGGAAGACAAGGAGAACAGCGUCGAUGGCGUUGUUGCUAUUCCCGGAGAGGACGCGUCUAAGGAGGAUCAAAUCGAGGGUCUCGUGAAGAGCGUCAAGUGGCAGAUGUCGCAGGACCGCAAGGUGGGCGCUCUCAAACAGCUGCAGGGCCUCAUCUGGAAGCAGGGGUACGACAAGGGAGACAUCAAAGGACAUGUGUAUGACGACGUGUCGCCCGCCCUCGACCUGUGGCGCUCGGUGGACGGCCAGAAGGUGUACAUCUACUCUUCUGGCUCCGUGCAAGCGCAGAAGCUUCUUUUCGGCCAGUCCUUAGCCGGGGACAUGCUGAAGCUCAUUGAUGGCCACUUCGAUACAGCCGUCGGGGCCAAGCAGGAAGCGGCCAGCUAUGCCGCCAUUGCUGAGAAAAUCGGAUGCAAACCUGAGGAGAUCUUGUUUUUGACUGACAUCGUAAAAGAGGCGGAAGCAGCGCGUGCAUCAGGCGUGCACUCAGCCCUCGUCAGCCGCGAGGGCAACGCGCCGCUCCCGGCCGAGGCAACAGCCAGCUACCCCGUCCUGUACAGCCUGGCCACGCUGGCCAACCCCAACAAGCGCAAGCCCGACGCCCAGGAUGAGCAGCCUGCUAAAGUCCUGAAAACUGACGUAGACGCAGAUGUUAAAACAGCUUCUGAAACAGAUGCUACUCCUGAAUCUCAAGCGCCAGCUGAGGCGAACACAGCUUCAGAAGCAAAAGCUGACGACAAAAAGCCCUCAGAAACUGAUGCUUCAACCAAAACAGAAGCUACGCCUGUAGUUAAAGAGAGUUCUGCAGAGAAAGCUGCUCCUGAAGCAAAUGGUGCUGAACCUGCAGUGGCACCAAAAGCAGCCGACGAACCGGAGAAAAUGGACGUCGAGGAGGAAGCAGCUCCGGAGCUUAAACUCGAGGAAGCAAAGACAGAAGUAGUUGCUGAAAAAAUCGAGACAGUUGUAGAAGAAGUAACUGACUCCAACGAAAUAGCUGAUACCCCAGUUUGCGACAUUGAACCCAUUAUUGAGGAGAGUAGUGACAAGACUGAAUUACCUGAGACUGAAAAAAUGGAGACAGAGUCUCCAGAAGUUCCUGAGCAGAAAGCCGAACUCAAGAAUGGUGACAAGGAUGCACCUGUUCCAGAAGAAACCCCUCCUGCUUCUGUUAUUACAGAAAUCAAGGAUAUUACAAACGAUAAGGAUGGGUUGAGUGAAGUCACAGAAAUGAUUGAAGAUCUUGAACCAGUGGUAGAGGAACCACCGGCCACCCAAGACAUGGAGGAACUUCAGAAUGUAGGUGAAGUGUUGGAGAAGGAAUGUGAUGAAAUAUUGUCCAAAGUACAGGAUGUAACUAAUUUGGAUAACAUACCUUUAAAACCUUUGUUGAACACAAUUGCUGAAGAGACAAUGGAGACUGAAAAUUUGGAUUCUAACGACAUUGUCGAGAGAAUAUUGGAUUCAGAAAUGGAAAUGGAGAUGAAGGAGAGUGCCGAGAAAGAUCGUAAAGCGGCCGAGGCAGCGGCUGAGAACAAGGCAGCACUCGACGGUGAAACAACUGAAAAACAAGAAGUCGCCAAUAACGAAACGACGGUUACACCAGUAGAAAAACCCACAGAAGUAGUAGCUGAAGUUCAAGCCACAGAUGUCGCUAAGGACAAAAUUGACAGCAGUAGUCCUAAGAUCACAGACGAUGAGGCAAAGAAACUACCAGCGGACGAGAAAGACAAAAAAACAGAAGCUGAUAAAGUAGAAAACAAAAUAGAAACAGAAGUAAGCAGCGCGCCCGAAAUGGACGACAGCAAAACUAAAGUAGCUGAAGCUAUCACAGAGAAAGCGGCAGACACAAAAAUAGAUGCUGAAGAAAAGAAAGCCGAAACUGAUAAACCAGAGCCAGAAAAGAAAGUUACGCCUGCAGAACAAAGUAAGGUAGAAUCCGAAACUCCUGUGGAAUCCAAGGAGAGCCAAAAAGUUCCUGAAGAAAUCAAGCCCGAUAGUGAGCCAAAAGAAACAAAAGAAGCGCAAGUUAACGGCAAAGCCACUAAUGGCGACGCUGCAAUCGUGAAUCAAAACGGAGACGCCAGCAAAGAAGAUGAAUUAAGUUCCCGACUGUCAAUGGAAAACGGCAAAGAGGUUGUAAAUGGCGCAAACGGUGACUCAACUAAGACGGACCAGGACAAAACUGAAAAGAGUACCGAAGUCGAUGUCGCCGACAUUAAAGUGAAGACAGUUGCCGUUGACGAGCCGCGCAACGAUCCGAUAGAGCAGCCUACGGAAGCAUAAGAUAGUACGGGUCGGACGAGUGGAACUGCAGGGCGCCGUAGCGUUGUUGGUUCACAUCAGAAGAUUGACAAGACUGAGGUUGCUUCCACGCUAAUUGACAUCACUUCCUAGUUUAUACGUGUAUUGAAAUUUCACUGUGUACCGCGCGGUGACGGCCAGUGUGCACUGCUGACGCGAACCUCAACUUAUACGUACACCGCGACUUGUCACGAUGACCCCAUAUUCAAUGUUUUACCUUACACGUACUUAGGUAACUUAGGAUCAAUAGUUUUAACAAAUGCCCCAAGAUUCCCAUACUAAAUACCCUAUCGUUCAUGACAAGUCUUAAUGUGUAGAUUUUAUUACCGGACCACUGCUGUUGCAUUUCACUGUACCAGGUCUGUAACAUAGAGGUCGAAAUAACAGUAUUGGAUUUUUGUAAAAUUGUAUUAGCGAUCAUCAUUCCAAGGGUAGCCUGCUACGAUAAGAUGCAAUGUGCAGUGGAUAUGUGUUUACGUAAGUUUAAUUUUGCUAUAAGUAAAGUUAUUGAAUGUAAGUCACAUAGAUGUAAGAUCGAAACUUUUAUUAUUAGACAUUCCUGUAAGCGUACAACAAUGUGGUAGUAUUUUAUUCAAUUUCUCGCAUAAUUUCUUUGUUUUGGUAUAUGAGGCCAAAUAAUGGUGCUUUAUACGAGUUGCCAGACCGCGCACGUUAUGCUAUUCCAUUAUUUCUGUAUUAUCUAUUCAAUUUGGUAGGGACUUAGGUCAUAAUGUCUAUAGACUUAACUAAUUUUUGUCGAUGUUGCGCUCUUUUACCUUGCGUACACGAUACUCAUUAACUUCGAUACAGGUAAUGCGCGUAGGUUUUUAGAUGUAAACUAUUUAGUAAGCUGCGCAGCGCCUCUAAUUAUAAGAGCAGUUGUGUACAUAUGUCGUGGAUAGUAGUGUUCGCGGCUCGUAACACCCAUGCAGGCGUCAUCGCCGAGCAGGGCGCACUGACCGUCACCGAUUAUCAUAUUUGACUUAGGUAAGUUCUAUUCAUAAGUAUUAACUGUAUUGUGAUUCUUAAUUAUCUUGUAAUAUGUAUUACUCAAUUUUUCGUAAAGCCACUGCCAAACCUGUGCAGGCUGUCUGCUGUUGGUCUAUGAGCUACUGGUGUUAUUGUGAUAUUGAGCGUGACAAGAAGACUGCGGUGAUGGUUCGAAGGGCUGUGUUAAGUAUUUAUUGGGUCGCGGGUGCGUAGCGAACGCUUAUGUACAGUUGGUUCUAUUAUUUAUUUAGGUAUUGCAAAACUUGCUGUAUAUAAAGGUAUAUUCAUGAACAAAGUCUUCACAAUAUUUAUAUUUGUGCUCUGGGAUUGUAGUUUAUAAUAUUAGGCGCUUAUUAUUCGCUUUAUGCCUUCUGAAGGAUCGACUAGAACAAAGCAUGAACGCGUUUGGUUACUAUUUGUGGUGUUUCGAUGGUGCGAAUUUUUGAGGUUGUGUUUAUCUUUGCUUUAUUGCAAUGAUUAUGAUCAUUUCGAAUAAGCUUUAAUUGCAAGUCUUAAGGGAAAAUGCCAAACAAAAUUGACUGAGAAUUAUACAGUACUAGUCUUAUCUCAUUUGGAAUCUCGGUAUAGGUUUGGCGAAAUUUACAAAUUGACUGAAUUUAAUAAACAACGGUAGGUACUAUUCUUUAUUUAUAAGUUAUAUUUUGUUCCUGUGUUAGUAUAUAAGAAGAAAACUGAUGAUAGUACAGUAUUGUAGUAGCUGGUGGACCAACGGCAGAUGAUUGUUCAGGCAUCUUCGUUUAGACUGAUUUUUUACUACUAAAACUUCCAUGUUCAACCAUUAUCUAUUAGCUAAAGCUGAAAACGUAAUGCUACCUGUCUCAAAUGUUAGAUAAUGUGUGAGCAUAGAAUGUCUUUAACAAUUAAGAGAAACAUACAUUUGAGUUCGUACAUUUUAUUGUAAAAAAACUAAACAAGAAAUCUCAAAACGCAAUUGAAAUGUAUUAAUUUUAAUUGUCACCACUAUAAUGACGUUAAAAUAUAAUGGAUGUAGAAUUUCU